GCGCGCAACUUUCAGAGGUAGAGGGUCACGCAAUGCCUCUGCACAAGUAUCCUGUGUACCUGUGGCAGAAGCUGCGGCUGCGGCAGGGCAUUUAUGCGCGCUUGCCCGCCCAUUUCUUGCGCUCGCUGGAAGAAGAACGAACGCCCACCCCGGUACACUACAGACCUCACGGAGUCAAGUUCAAGAUCAACCCGAAGAACGGGCAGCGCGAGCGAGUUGAGGACGUACCCAUUUCAGUUCACUACCCUCCAGAGUCCCAGCAGGGGCUGUGGGGUGGAGAGGGCCUGAUUUUGGGCUACAGAUAUGCCAACAACGACAAGCUCUCGGCGAAGGUGAAGAAGGUGUGGAAGCCUCAGCUGUUCACUCGGGAGCUUUACAGUGAAAUCCUGGACAAGAAGUUCACCGUGACUGUGACCAUGAGGACCCUGGAUCUCAUUGAUGAGGCCUAUGGGUUCGACUUCUAUAUUCUCAAGACCCCAAAGGAAGACCUGUGUUCCAAGUUUGGCAUGGACCUGAAGCGAGGGAUGCUGCUGAGGCUUGCUCGCCAGGACCCCCAGUUACACCCUGACGACCCCGAACGGAGGCUAGCCAUCUAUGAGAAGUACAAGAGUUUUGUCAUCCCGGAGGCAGAGGCUGAGUGGGUUGGCCUGACGCUGGAGGAGGCUGUGGAGAAGCAGAGGCUCCUGGAGGAAAAGGACCCUGUACCCCUGUUCAAGGUCUACGUAGAGGAGCUGGUCCAGCGGCUUCAGGAGCAGGUUCUGUCCAGGCCAGCAGUGGUGCAGAAGAGAGCUGGUGACCGCGCCUGAACUCCGGGCUCAGCCUUCCCUGUGGGCUUUUAGCACCGUGGACACAGUUGGGGUGGGCACAAGGACCACCGGUGGGCAGUGGGUGAACCCUGCUUGGCAUGUGCUGACCACACAGCUCCUGUAGAAGACUGUUCAGAGAACCCUCUGUGCCAGGACUUUUGGAUGCCUGGAGUGGAGCUCAUGCCUGUCCAAGCUGGUCAAGUACUUACAGCAUUGUAGUUCUUGGGCUUGGAAUAAGUCCGAGGCAGUCUGAGCCACAGUAAAGUGUGCUGGUUUGCGUGGGAGUCUGUGGUCCUUCUGUGUGUUCUCGGCCAGCCUGGUCAUUCCCCUGUCACAGGAACCCAGGGGGGCUAUUUGCACUGUCCAGCUGUAGCUGUUUGCCCUGCUGAGCUGUGGAGACUGAGGUUCCCUGUGUUGCUUAACUUCCUUAGAGAAGGGGUUCCUCAUGGUUGAGGCAUCAAGGGUAUAGCAAGAUGGAGCUGCUUCUCUCCCAGUGUACAUCCCUACCUGUUUUGGAAAGUUAUCCAGGGCACAGGAAGGUAGUCUGGGGCCUGGCACAGGCCUCUGCAGUAUACCCUGCAGAGCUAAAGGGGAAAGCUUCCUGGGUUUAGAGCUUCAGUGUUUCAGGAAAUGGGGCCACGUGGGCUUAAAGGCCAUGACUUCAGCGUCCCCAUACUUAACUGCUCCCCUCUACCUGGUGGUUGGGGCUGUGGCUUGGGGUAGGAAGGCAGGCCAAUGACCUUGGGGCCUCUUUUGCCGUGAGAGCUGGUGGCUCAGAGGCAGCAACACUGAAACCUAUUCCUUUCUCUGGGGAAGGCAGGGAGGGUCUCCUCAGCUGUGUGUGGGGGAAGAUGGGUGAUAGUGGGAACUGAGUUCCCAGAGCACCAUACCUGGCUGGUAUAAAAGGGAACAUUAACUACUUGCUUGACUUGGGCCUGGCCACUAGCUGUAGGACAAUGGGAUCCUCAGAGGGGGAGCAGUAGGAGUGCUGGUGCAUGAUUGUGUUCAUUAUGCCCAAUCCAAAACUGGCAUGGAACCAUUCUGCCAGCGUAAGAGGGCCUGCACAGAGAACCAUGAGGAUCAGGGCUUGCCUGGGGUCAGAGCCCAAGGGGUGCACCUCAGGUUUACUGUCUAUCCUGGCUUCUCUGCCCCUGCGUAGGUGUAGUAGCACAUACUACUCUUGCUCUGUGUAUAGUUCUUUUUUCUUUUUUUUAAAGAUUUUAUUUAUUAUGGAUACACUUCUGCCUGCAUGUAUGCCUGCUAUCCAGAAGAGGGCACCAGAUCCCAUUACAGAUGGUUGUGAGCUACCAUGUGGUUGUUGGGAAUUAAACUCAGGACCUUUGGAAGAGCAAGCAGUGCUCUUAACCUCUGAGCCAUCUCUCC